GAUUUUGCUCUGCGACCUCACAAUCGUGCGCUGCCUUGGCGGACUGCACGAGCAUAAAAGAGCCCACACGACUCCAUUUGUUGUCUCUGAUAGCCACGGCUGCGGAGCAUUGCUCAAGACGCGAGCACUCCCAAGCUCUCCUGCCUGCAGCAGUGCCUUGCAAUCUCUUGACGCUGUACGCGACGUACACGAUAAAGCGCAGCAGUCAAAAGCAUGGACGAAUCGUUAACCGGCAAAAGCAUGGACGAAUCCCUCACCGGCAAGCCGCCCUUCAAGCCGCUCGGCCUGCCGCACCGCAUCACCUCGUCCAACAGUGCGACGAAUUUACAUGGUACGGACGAGCUCGACGACAGCGAUAGAGAUGGUAGGGUGCUGGUAUUAUUGACGGGCGGCACCAUGGGCAUGAAGCCGAAUCAGAGAGGCUCGCUCGAGCCGAAGGCGGGCUACCUCGCCGAGCAGAUGAGAUUGAUGCCAGAGUUACGAGAAAGGCGCAUGCCGGCCUACGAAGUUGUCGAAUAUGCCCCUCUCUUGGACAGCGCGGACAUGGUGCCGCAGGACUGGCGUAGGAUAGCGCAGGACAUCGCGCAGUCGCACAACCAGUUCGACGGGUUCGUUGUGAUUAUGGGCACGGACACGAUGGCCUACUGCGCGUCGGCGCUGAGUUUCAUGCUGGAAAACUUAUCAAAACCAGUAGUGCUGACGGGGAGCAUGAUCCCCUUCGCCGAGAGCUAUUCGGACGCGCGGCGCAACCUCGUGAUGGCUUUGAUCUUUGCGCACGCGGGCCCGAGCGAGGUCGUCGUGUUUUUUGGGGAUCGAUUACUCCGGGGCAACCGCACGACGAAGGUCGACGCGCUUGCUUUGUCGGCCUACGACUCGCCGAACUUCCCGCCACUCGCGUCGUGCGGCGUCGCACUCAGAGCAAGGUACGACCUGGCGCUGGCGCCUUCCUCAGAACAAAGGUGUAAAGCGUUCACGCAGAUGGAGACGAAGAUCUUGGUUUUUCGCAUGGUCCCCGGCUUCGACGAUAAGGCCUUACUACGCUGCCUCGAGUCGGACGAAUUAAGGGCCGUCGUGUUGGAGUUGUAUGGGACGGGCACGGCGCCGGCGCGGCGCGCGGGUCUAUUGAAGGCGCUGCGCGCGGCGCGGUCGCACAAUGUAUUGGUAGUGGCGACGACGCAGUGUAAACGCGGCGGCGUGGUCCUGGCGACGUACGAAGUAGGAAGGCUAUUGGAAGAGGAAGGUGUCGUCGCGGCGGGGGACAUGACGACGGAGGCGGCCGCGACCAAGCUCGCGUAUCUCUUCGGAAGGUACCCCGGCGACAUGGACGCGGUCCGCGAGCUCGUUGGCGUCUCGCUGCGGGGCGAGAUCUCGCACCCCGACGCCUACCUGCGGCCCUUCUUUGAGGCGCCUCGCUACAAGUCCUCGGGCUCCAUCGAGAGCGACCCGACGAAGCGGCCGCCCGCGCCGCCGCCGGCCCCGACGGAGCCGCCGCCGCGCGACGUCAUGCCGCCGCGCGACGUCGUGCAGCGCCGGCGGGAUAUCGCGCUCGGUGCGGCGAUCGGCGUCGGAGUGGCGCUCGUCCUGGCGCGGCGGCGGUGAAUGCUCUUCUUCCCUGCACGCCAUCGCCGCGGCGCGGUCCGCGUCACUCCCCGAAACGAAG